AUAUUUUUGGGCCGGAGAAUCAUUUAGUAGGAACCACUGCCUCUAUAAAACGCGGUGGUCUCCCCUCUCCCAUUUCUAGCCGGAAAAACUCUCCGACAAGAAACAAUACAGUCAAAGUAGAGAGAGAGAGAGAGAGAGAGAGAGAGAGAGGGAUUUAAUAGUAGUACGUUUCAUAAUUUCUUGACAUUGUUGGCUCGCUUUUACUAUACCUUUACUAUAAGCUCUGAUUGCUCCCAAAUCCCACAUCAUUCCACUAGAAUUCCUCUCCGCCGUGAAAUUCCUGAAGGUGAGGUUGAUAAAAAUUGGUUUACCGUUAUGGGUGUUGGUAUAUUUCCGUUGCAAACGCCGGCGAGGCUGCUGUGGAGCACCAGUUUCUUCCGCCACAAGCUCAUGCUCUUCUAACAUCACGUCCGCCCUCUGUAUAUAUACGCACAUCUAUAUCUAUAUAUAGAUAUCCUGUAUCCGAUCUUUGUUCUUGGGUUUGGAUUGUUGGGUUUUUGCUGUAAUUUUGGGGUAUGGAUUCUGGCCGCCUGUUCUUCGACACAUCGGGAUACGGGAACACGCUGUUCUUCGGGAAUUGCGAUCCCAUUUUUCGAGGAACACAAUCGGUGAUGAGUGUGGGGGAAACCCUGAAGAGGCGACCUUUUUUCAGCUCGCCGGAGGAACUGUUCGACGAAGAAUAUUAUGACGAGCAGUGGCCGGAUAAGAAACGCCGCCUCACUCCUGAGCAGGUACACCUGCUGGAAAAGAGCUUUGAAGAAGAUAACAAGCUGGAGCCAGAGCGCAAGACCGAGCUGGCACAAAAGCUGGGGAUGCAGCCCAGGCAGGUGGCGGUGUGGUUCCAGAACCGCCGUGCAAGGUGGAAGACCAAACAGCUCGAAAGAGACUUCGAUCGCCUCAAGUCAUCGUAUGAAUCCCUUUUAUCUGACUACAACUCCAUUAGCAAGCAGAAUGAGAAGCUCAAAGCUGAGAUGCUUUUGCGACUGGAUUUGUUUGCCAUCAAAUCAAAUGCUAUGAUUAAACUAAGACUUGAGGAGUUGCUAAUCAUUGACUCGGAUAUGAACUUAAAAAUGUGCAACAUGAAUCUAUUUUCAAUGCCAAUUCUUAAGGUUUUUGUCAUGCCGUUGUUUCCACUGUUUGUAUCUGCAGUUGUGUGUCUUUUACACUGUUGAUGCUACCGUAAAGAAAAGAAGCGUAAAUAGUUUCAAAUUAAACCAAUUUUUUGGUACUGUUAGUUGUAGUUCGAAGCUGAGGUUUGGAUCAGACAACUCAAUCCUAAUCUCAUGCACGCGCCUGCCUGCCGGAAGAUGAUCGGGACCUACUUGUAGUGGGUCCUAGACUCCUAGCAAUGAGAAUCUUCCUUAGCCACGAAUAUGUAGAUGUGUGUCUGUAUGUGUGUUUUGGAACAUUUAGCUCAACAGAUUAGAUUCUGUUAUCUGGAACUUAUCAAAAGGAAAACAGCAUAUGUUCUAAACCCCACCCCGAAUUUAAAAGUGGAUUUCAUCCUCUAAGAGGAAUAUACCUUAGAUCUCAAGAAAGUGAAAUAUAUUUUAGAUUUGACACUAGGGUCUUCCGGCAAUUUUAGUACUAUCUACGAUUGCUUUUGGGAUGU